GAUUCGGGUAUAAAAAGACUCUCGGCUCUGGCAAACAGCAUCAAAACCCAACUUGCAAUUCCUUCAACAACAUCAAAACAAUCAAACCAAUAUUCCAAAAUGUUCAAGCUUCUCGUUGUUCUCUUCGCCGCGCUCUUCGCUGUUGCAGUAGCCGGUCCGGCGCCCGUUGCCCGUGCUGCUCCUGCUCCGGUUCCAAUUGCCAGCCCAGAGCCGUCUCCACAGUUCUACUAUGGCGCCAGUCCCUAUGCCUACACUGGCUAUGCAUCCCCGUACGCGUAUUACGGUUGAGAGUGCUCUCGUCCAAUUAACCAAUGAUAAAUGACGGCGAAUUAAACCUGGACUUGUAAUAAUGGACAUGGAAAAUAUGCACGCUGGCAAUUCUAGUUAGGUUUUAGUGAUAAAUGCUUAUGAAAACAACAAAAAAAGUUAAAUAAAGAACAACUUAAAAGCACAAAAA